AUGGGGUCAAUGAUCGAUGAGAAUAUUGAUAUUAUAUGCUGGAUGAGCAUCGCUGCCAUCAAUUCUACUCUAUUGAGGCAAUCAGGACGUGCGGCUAGACGAUUAUCAAUUAUGGCAAGUACACAGCAAGAGAAAGUGGGAAAGAGCAAGGUUCAAUUUUCCCUGAAAACACCAAAAGGAACCAAGGACUGGUCCGACAAGGACGUGGUAAUCAGGGAAGAGAUCUUCUCCAGACUAUCAGGUUUGUUCAAGCGUCACGGCGGUAUCACUUUGGAUACUCCUGUUUUCGAGCUUCGCGAAAUCUUGGCUGGAAAAUAUGGUGAAGAUUCCAAGUUGAUCUACAACCUAGAAGACCAAGGUGGUGAGCUCUGCUCGCUGCGUUACGAUCUGACUGUUCCAUUUGCCAGAUUUGUAGCCAUGAACAACAUCCAGAGCAUGAAACGUUACCACAUUGCCAAGGUGUACAGAAGAGACCAGCCUGCUAUGACAAAGGGCCGUAUGAGAGAAUUCUAUCAGUGCGAUUUCGACAUUGCUGGUAGCUAUGACUCUAUGAUCCCAGAUGCCGAGGUCUUAUCUAUAGUAGUAGAGGGUUUGUCAAACCUCGGAAUCAAGGACUACAAAAUUAAACUGAACCACAGAAAAAUCCUGGAUGGUAUCUUCCAGGUUGCCGGCGUGUCGGACGAAAACGUGAGAAAGAUAUCUUCUGCGGUUGACAAGUUGGACAAGUCACCAUGGGAGGCCGUGAAACACGAAAUGGUUGUGGAAAAAGGUCAAACUGAAGAGACGGCGGACAAGAUCGGUGAGUACGUCAAACUCAACGGUACUUUGCAAGAAAUUUACGCUCUUCUAUCCCAAGAUUCCAGCAUCACUUCUAAUGAGAAGGCUAAACAGGGUUUGGACGAGAUGGCUACUCUUAUCAAGUACUCUGAAGCCCUAGAGAUUGACUCACACAUUUCUUUCGAUCUUUCGCUCGCUAGAGGCCUUGACUACUACACCGGUAUCAUUUUCGAGGCAGUGACCUCCGCGUCUGCUCCCCCUAAGAACGCUGCUGAGUUGAAGAAGAAAGCAAAGGGUGUUGAGGACGCUUCUGAAUAUGUCGGUGUUGGCUCCAUUGUUGGCGGUGGCCGUUAUGACAACUUGGUUAACAUGUUUGCUGAGAGCACUGGCAAAAAAUCGGGGCAGAUUCCUUGCGUAGGUUUGUCCUUUGGUGUGGAGAGAAUUUUCUCUAUCCUCAAACAAAGAGCUGAGCAGGCUUCUGCGAUAAGACCAACCGCCACUAAAGUUUAUGUCAUGGCAUUUGGUGGCGGUAAGGACUGGGCUGGCUACUUGCCCGAAAGAAUGAAGGUCACUAAGCAAUUAUGGAAUGCUGGCAUUGCAACCGAGUUUGUCUACAAGGCCAAGAGCAACCCUAGAAAGCAAUUUGAUGCUGCUGACAAGUGUGGCUGUCCAUUAGCCGUCAUUCUUGGAAAAGAGGAGUACCUCGACAACAAGCUGCGUGUUAAGAGACUGGGCCCAGAAUUUGCUAACGACGAUGGCGAACUAGUCGACGCGGCCGACCUUGUGGUUGUCGUGAAGCGCAAGCUCGACGAAAUCUACCAGGAUGACGCUGACGAAGUCACCAAGCUGUUCAGACAAUUGUAA